ACAAAAUUGAAUAUCUAUAGAGGCAAAGAUGAAGCCGAAGUCGAGGUCAGGGCAGCAGCAGCAUGGCGCCCCCGGGAGUGGUGGUGCGGUCCUCGGGCGCUGCGUUUUCCUCCCUCGUCUACGAACAGCUGCGCGUCGCCCGCCCCCAGGAGGGGUUCUUGCUGGGGCAGGUGGAUGACCACGUGAGUCAGCACAUCAGCGACACACAGAUAUGCAACGAGAAGACCCAGACUAUUAUUACCCUCUCCUCCUUCCUGCCAUGCACCAGGCUUGGCACCUUCUACAAUGGUGCCGGCACUCUCGACACCGCCCGCCUCACCAAGUACCUGGGUGACAACUACAAGCGUGUGAUUGGGUGGUACAGGUGUCGCGGGGGAGGCACUGGGAGGGUGUAUGUGCGCGAGUCCAUGGUGCACACACAGCUGUCCCGGGCAAUGACGCACACGAAUGGCUACUUCGUCAUGGCACUCCUGGCACCCCACCCCCCCUUGGCACCCCUUGCGGCCCCCUCUGGCACCCUGGAGAUGGCACAUAAGUUUUAUAUGCUGCAGAAUGGGCAUCUGGAGGGAGUAUCUCUUGAGGUGGUGAAUGUGGGCGACACCUCCACCCACGGCUACCUCAUCGCCCCCCCGCACCCCGCCAUCACCCACUCCCCAGGCAUACAAGGCGUGCUGUGGGGCCUGGCCAAAGGUGAGCCGGGCGUGGCGGAGAUGGACGGCCUGCACAGCGGCCUGCAGGGGGAGCUGAGGGCGCUGCUGCCGUGCCUGGCCAAAGCACAGGCCCAGCAGUCAGCGGUGGCCAGGCAGGUGGAGGAGUUGAGAGCUCUGUGCCACGCUGGCGGGAUAGUGAUGGAUUUCUGCCCAGAGAAUGGAAAUGAAGGAGGUAAGGAAGGCAGGAGGAAGGAGGGAAGGAAGGAGCAAAGUAGAAAGGAAGAAGAGAAGGAGCAAGAAAAGAAGGAAGCAGAAAAGAAAGGAAAGGAGAAAGACAAAGAACAAGACUUGGAAGUUGACGAGGAGGAUGAAGAGGAGGAAGAGGAAAAGAAGAAAAGGGAAGAGGAUGAUGAUGAUGUCACGGUACUAGAAGUAGACGAUGAUGUAAUAAUGGAUACAGUGGAGGAUGAUGCCUUUCCUCCCUCCUCCUCCUCCUCUUCUGCCUCCUCCAACACUGCAAGAAGAGGAGGGGUAGGGAGAGGAAGAGGGCGAAGAUCACGAAGAGGGUUUGUAGGGAGAGGAAGAGCUGGAGGAGGAGGAGGAGGAGGAGAUGACCCAUUCGGUUUUAUCAACACUGAAAUGGAGAAGUUGCAAGAUGGGAGAACAAGGUCAUCUCCAUCUCGCUCAUCUCCACGAGGCAGACUGAGGAGGCAGGACACUCCCCUCGGCCCCCUUACUCCAGGGAAGAGGAGAGGAAGAGGAGGAGGAGGUGGGGGAGGAGGAGGAGGGGGAGUGUCGCUAAAUUUCUCUCCAAGUAGAAGUCAGUCACCGAGGACUUUCUCUCCAUCCUCCUCCCCCUCCUCCUCCCCUGUGUCUUCCUCCAAGUCAGGAAGAGGAAGGGGAGGAAGAGGGAGAGAAGGGGAGAGAGGUGGGAGGUGAACAGGAGAAGGAGGAGGUGGUGGGUGAUGGUGGUGGUGGUGGUGGAGGGGGAAGGGAAAAGGCAGGAGGAGGAAACAGUUUUCUCUCUCGCUCUUUCAUAUCACUUGAAGGGGAGAGUUUGCUUGGGCAUAUUAUGAAAAUAGUAAAAAAUUAUGAGGUUGAGUUAUACGGCCUGGCAAAUCCAUCCGGCCUAGAAGUGUGAAAUGGCAAAGUUUUUUUUCAGAAUCUGAAAAUUUAAAUGUCCUGGGCCGGGUAAAUUUAAUUACCCAGCGGUGUGUGUGGCACGCCACCGAGCAUGUGUUUGGUGAUAUAGUAGCUUUUUUGACCUAUUUUCAAUAUAUGGCACAGUAAUCACAUACUAGUGUAUUCUAGCAUGUUCUGGUAACUCAUCCUGGGAGGAGCAUGAGUAUGCCAAGGUGAGGGGCUGUGACACACUGAGGCUGAGAGCAAAUUGGUGACGCACCAUAAGAAUCCUCACUAAAUUCCGCUUUGAAACACAUCUUUGGCUGAAAAAGUUGGCCCACAAAAUUUCAAGGUAGCUAGCUAGCUAGGUAGCGAAGAGUUGGUACUUAGGAUUCAUUGUCUACAGUACUCUAUACAGAGACUUGAAACGAG